AUCUAUAAAUACGUCUGCUUUGCAUAGGCAUUCAUUUUGCAUCAAAAAGCGACAAAAUAGUAUAUAUGAACUCGCUUCGCCUGCGGGUAUCUAGCUCGACAUCGAAAAUGGCCGAAGAGCUAGGAUCAUCUGCUGCUGCUACCACCGCAGCAUCAACCUCAUCAUCUACAUCAUCAUGGGCCAAAACAAGAUCACUGUGGCCAUCUGUUCUCCGUUGGAUCCCCACUUCCACCGACCACAUCAUCGCCGCCGAGAAACGCCUUCUUUCGCUUGUCAAGACUCCUUAUGUUCAAGAACAAGUUAACAUAGGUUCAGGCCCUCCGGGGUCCAAAGUGAGGUGGUUUCGUUCUGCUAGUAAUGAGCCGCGGUUCAUUAACACGGUUACCUUCGACAGCAAAGAGGACUCGCCCACUCUCGUAAUGGUCCACGGAUAUGCAGCUUCUCAAGGUUUUUUCUUUCGGAAUUUUGAUGCUCUCGCUAGUCGUUUCAAGGUCAUUGCUGUUGAUCAGCUUGGCUGGGGUGGAUCAAGCAGACCUGAUUUUACCUGCAAAAGCACUGAAGAAACUGAGGCAUGGUUCAUUGACUCCUUUGAGGAAUGGCGAAAAGCCAAAAACCUCAGCAACUUCAUAUUACUUGGGCAUUCUUUUGGAGGAUAUGUUGCUGCUAAAUAUGCACUCAAGCAUCCUGAGCAUGUUCAGCAUUUGAUUUUGGUGGGACCUGCUGGAUUUUCAUCAGAAUCCGAAGCUAAGUCUGAGUGGAUUACCCGAUUCAGAGCAACAUGGAAGGGAGCAAUUUUGAAUCAUUUGUGGGAGUCUAAUUUUACUCCUCAGAAGGUUAUUCGAGGCUUAGGUCCUUGGGGCCCAGAUCUCGUACGCAGGUACACAAGUGCUAGAUUUGGUGCUUAUUCAAGUGGAGAGUUAUUAACUGAGGAGGAGUCGAAAUUGCUAACAGACUAUGUGUACCAUACUUUAGCAGCUAAAGCUAGUGGAGAGCUAUGCUUGAAAUAUAUAUUUUCUUUUGGAGCAUUUGCUCGGAUGCCCCUUCUAAAAAGUGCAUCAGAGUGGAAAGUGCCAACUACUUUCAUAUAUGGCAUUCAAGAUUGGAUGAACUAUCAAGGGGCCCAAGAAGCUCGAAAGCACAUGAAGGUUCCAUGUGAAAUCAUUAGAGUUCCCCAGGGUGGGCACUUUGUCUUCAUAGACAACCCAAACGGGUUUCAUUCAUCUGUGUUCUAUGCUUGCCGGAGGUUUCUUUCACCUAAUCUUGAUAGUGAAUCUCUUCCCGAAGGUCUGACAUCUGCCUAGGAAGUUUGCUAUAAUUUUUUUAGCCCAUUUGUGUAUAAUUUAUCUCAAGGGUUUCCAUUAGAAUUCAAGUUGAAAAAUCACAUUAAUUUUGCAUCAAUAAAACAUUCUUCCCAUGUA